AGAUGUUCUCUUGCUGCCGGCCCACGUCUGGGGGCUCUGGCUCCCAGGAACCCCAGGGGUGCGGCUUGUUCCUAUGCUGUAGGCAGUGGCUCCAGCAUAGGUACCAAGGUGUCAGGGCGGUGAUCAGGAGGCGCCGUCAGAGCUCCACCCGGGUCGUGGGGCGCGAGCGGGAGGAAGGGGUCGUCUGCCCCACCGCCUCCAGGAGCAGGGAGGUGCCCUGCGCAGCUAAUGGAGGCCAGCGCGGGCUCAGGGGUGCAGGGGCCGCGGCCGGGAAGGGGCAUCAGAUCGUCCUGACCAAGCUCACCCGGACGGAGCUGCUGGAGUACAAAGUCCGACAACUGCUGCUCGCCUUGCAGCGCAGGGACGUCAUCUACAUCUUCAGCUUUUUAGAGGAUUAUCGUACAUUCGCCACCACGGACGAGGUGCUGGACCUGCUGUUCACCGAGUAUGGGUGCAUCGCAGAUGCGUGGGGUAACAACGAUGUGGUCCUGCAGUGCUGGAAACUGGCCAUGUCCUUCAUGAUGGAAAUAUGGCUGAAUUAUUAUGGGGACGACUUUCAUCAGUUCCCAGAAUUUCCCUCCCUUAUAAAACUCCUGGAAUUGUUAAGACAGCACAUGCCAGGCACAGAUGCGCAUCUCCGGGCCCUGCGUCACCUGAGGCAAUUCAGACGCCUCCAUGCAGCAGAGCGAGAGGCUGGGCUUUGGCCCGAGGAAAACACCCUGAACCCACUCUGGAGUGCACCCCAGCUCCGACCGUGGGGCCUGCUGCCCCGAGCCCCUGCACCCCUGGGAGCCCUGGAAGAGGAGCAGGCACCACCCCCUGCUCUCGAGGUCGUGGAUGUGCCCCAGCCACCUCCUAACUCGAUGGAGCAACUGGCCUCGGGGAUGGAGCAACCUGUUGAACCACCCGAGGAGCCCGCCCCAGCUCCAACUGUGGAGCCUGGGGAAGGUUCCGGGUCUGAAGGGAUAGUGGCUGCUGGAGAUGAGGACUUGGUCAAGGCAGAGAUGCUGGCUCCUGAGGUGAGGUGGUGCAACGUGCUGGUCGAACCUAUGGUUCCCUGCCCCUAUGAGGGAGGAGCCACCUGCUCCCAUGGCCACCCCGGAAGAGUAGGCCCUGGUGCCUGCAAUCGGGGUCCCCAGAGGGCCAGACCUGCAACCUGCCUCUGGAACAACCUGCUUCGAUCCGUUAGCAGCCCCCUGACCACCUGCGGGGGCCCGCCCCAGCUCCCACCCGCGGGGCUCGUGAGGCUACAGCCCAACAGAGGCUUGCCCUCCCCUGUUUAUUUCACUGUUUCUAUUUUUGAGUUUUCUUAA